GCGACCAAGCAGUUCCUGGAGGAGAUCAACAAGUGGACAGGCCAGUACAAUGUGUCCCCGCUCUCCUGGAACGUGGCCGUCAAGUUCCUCAUGGCCCGCAAGUUUGACGUCCUGCGGGCCAUCGAGCUCUUCCACUCCUACCGGGAGACGCGGCUGAAGGAGGGCAUCGUGAAGCUGAAGCCGCACGAGGAGCCGCUGCGCUCGGCGCUGCUCAGUGGCAAGUUCACCCUCCUGAGCGUGCGGGACCCCUCGGGAGCCUCCAUCGCCCUCUUCACGGCCAAGCUGCACCACCCCAGCAAGAGCGUGCAGCACGUGGUGCUCCAGGCGCUCUUCUACCUGCUGGACCGAGCGGUGGAGAGCUUUGAAACGCAGAGGAACGGGCUGGUGUUCAUCUACGACAUGGCGGGCUCGCAGUACACCAACUUCGAGCUGGACCUCAGCAAGAAGAUCCUCAACCUGCUCAAGGGAGCCUUCCCGGCUCGGCUCAAGAAGGUUUUCAUCGUGGGAGCACCCAUGUGGUUCCGUGUGCCCUACUCCAUCAUCAGCCUGCUGCUCAAGGAGAAGCUGCGGGAGCGGGUGCAGAUGGUGAAGAUGUCGGAGCUGAAGGAGCACCUGCCCCGGGAAUGCCUCCCUGAGUACCUCGGGGGGGGCCCGCUGGCGCCCCCCAAAGACAACGGCUCCGUCCAUGUCCCCGGGCCCAAGUCCGUGACACUGCAGGAGCUGCUGGAUCACGUCAGCCACAAGCAGAAACGAGGCAUCUACGAAGAGUACGAAGACAUUCGGCGCAGGAGCCCGGCGGGCACCUUUGUCUGCUCUUUGGCACCCUACAACCAGGAGAAGAACCGUUACGGGGACGUGCCCUGCCUGGACCAAACCCGUGUCAAGCUGGCGAAACCGUACAGCCGCCCAGAGCUGACUGACUACAUCAACGCAAGCUUCAUGGAUGGGUACAAGCAGAGGAACGCUUACAUUGGCACUCAGGGGCCUCUGGAAAACACCUACGGUGACUUCUGGCGCAUGGUGUGGGAGCAAAACGUCCUGGUGAUCGUGAUGACGACCCGGCUGGAGGAGGGAGGCAGGAGGAAGUGCGGCCAGUACUGGCCCCUGGAGAAGGACACAAAGGUGUGCUUUGGGGCGCUGACCAUCACCAACCUGGGCGUGGAGAACCUCAACCACUACAAGAAAACCAUCCUGGAGAUCCACAGCUCGGAG